GCGGGGGCGGGCGUCGGGGGGGGGCGGGGGCGGGCGCCGCGGCCCCCGGGACGGCGGCCGAGGGAGGCGCCGGCGGCGAGGGACUCCGCGGCGCCAUGGACGUCGAGAGGCUGCAGGAGGCGCUGAAAGAUUUUGAGAAGAGGGGGAAAAAGGAAGUUUGUCCGGUCCUGGAUCAGUUUCUCUGUCAUGUAGCCAAGACUGGAGAAACAAUGAUUCAGUGGUCCCAAUUUAAAGGUUAUUUUAUUUUCAAACUGGAGAAAGUGAUGGAUGAUUUCAGAACUUCAGCUCCUGAACCAAGAGGUCCUCCCAAUCCUAAUGUUGAAUAUAUUCCCUUUGAUGAAAUGAAGGAAAGAAUACUGAAAAUUGUCACUGGAUUUAAUGGUAUCCCUUUUACUAUUCAGCGACUCUGUGAAUUGCUAACAGAUCCAAGAAGAAAUUAUACAGGAACAGACAAAUUUCUCCGAGGAGUAGAAAAGAAUGUGAUGGUUGUUAGCUGUGUGUGUCCUUCUUCAGAGAAGAACAGUUCUAAUAGUUUAAACCGAAUGAAUGGUGUUAUGUUUCCUGGAAACUCACCAAACUAUACUGACAGGUCUAAUAUAAAUGGGCCUGGAACACCCAGGCCACUUAAUCGACCAAAGCUUUCUUUGUCAGCCUCCUUGACAACAAAUGGUUUGCCUGAGAGCACAGAUAGCAAAGAGUCAGACCUACAGCCAAGUGAAGAGAAAGUCCACAGUGAUUCUCCAGGAUCCGAAUCCGAGGUUUCCUCACUGAGCCCUGUUAAAAAUAAACAUCCAGAUGAAGAUGCUGUGGAGGCCGAGGAGCAUGAGGUGAAAAGACUGCGGUUUGACAAGGAAGGUGAAGUCCGAGAGCCAGCCAGCCAGACGGUGUGCAGUGACGGCUCAGUCAGAGCACAGGAAGCGGAAGCAGAGUCGUCCCCUCCGGAGCAGGACAGGGAAGGUCGCAUCAGGCAGCACUGCACAGAAGAGGAGGAUGAGGAGGAGGACGAGGAGGAAGAGGAGGAGGAAGAAUCUUUUAUGACACCAAGAGAAAUCAUCCCAGAAAGGAAAAAUCAAGAAAAAGAAUCUGAAGACACCUUAGCUGUGAAUGAAGAGCCUUCAGAGGAGGGUGCUCCCAUGGAGGACUCGGAGCGGUCUCCAGCUCAGAGAGGUCCUCCCCCAGAGAGGAGGGACGGCACAGGGGCUGUGAGGAGUGGUUCUGACUGCCUGGAGACGGAAGAGCCAGGAGGGCCCAGGAAAGCUGGAGAGGGCGUCUCGGUGUCACCCAUGGAGAACGACGAUGAUGAUGACGACGAGGACACCACAGACGUCACCGACGAACCCAUGGAACAAGACUUAACGACUUAGAGACACUUAGAGCAGUAUUUUACAUACAGUUCUGGUUUUACACUGUAUCAAACUUUUAAGUAAUAAAGUGGACCUUUAGUUUUACAAGAGAAACAGGCUGUAAAAUAAAGAACCUUAAGAAUAAACCCUGAAAGAGUUGUGCGUGGAAGAGCUGUGAAUACCGGCUCCUCUAGGUCCUGCUUAUUGCUGAUUUUCUUGUUUUGUUUGGUUUUUGCUUGUUUUUUUUUUUUUUUUUUUCCCCUUUCUUUUGGUGUACUCAAAUCAGUGGUUUGUGUAUAGAUUUUUUUUUUAUUUAGAAUUAAAGUUUUUAAACUGGAAGAUAAUUAUAAUUUUGAAAACUUUUUAAAGAUGAUCACAUUUGGUUUAUACAUACACAAGGAAGAUUUUUGUCUUGUCUCUAGUGGUUUCCAUAUUUCAGUCAUAGUUUGAACUUGUUAACGUGAAUUAUAGGGUUUCAUGUGGUUUCAGAUUUUAUUGUUCAACUGUACAAUGGAACUUUAAGUCAUAUAUACAUAUAUAGAUUAUUCUAAGGGGGAAUGUUAUAUUUUUCUGUUUCUAUAAGAGAUGAAUACAGUGAAUACUUUUUUAUUGGUAAUGACUGAGUUCACUUCUUUCAGAAGACAUUUUCUUUCUCUUCUGAGUAAUUGAGAUAAAAUCUGGCCCCUGUAAAACCCUGGCAAUCUUUAAGUCUGUUGAAAUACCAGGUUAAACACAUUCCAAGAGAUCUGUGCAAACUAAAAUUCUUUUGUAUACUUCUAAGGUGCCUGAGAAAAAAAAGACUUCAUUAUUUAUGAGAAAAUGUGCUUUAUGUUGGGAGUUGCGUAGGAGCAUUAACUCACUGUUUGGUAGAAUGAGUGCUUAGGAGCCUGACAGGAAACCAUCUCAGAAGAGCCCGCGGGUCCCGUUUCACUUGCUUUUCUGAACAUUGUGACAUUACACCUUUAUUUCUAAAUUAUUCUGUAUGCACACGGCACUGCUGUGAAACAGCACUGUACUGGAAGAAUUAGGAGGUACUUCAGUAAUGUACCUGAGCUAAAAUGACUAAAGCUUUAGGGGUACACAGAAACCACCAUGAUUUGUAUAACAUUUUGAAGUGAAUUAAUAUUUUUGAACAUGCUUCUUCGACAGCCAGUGUUAUAUUUUUCAGAUCAACACAAAGCACAAAGUUACUACUCUAAACUCAAUAUUUUCAAAUUCACAUAUUUAAAGUCAUGCAAGCUGCAACUUCCCUGUCAAAAUUACUGGCUGCCAAAUUUAUACCUGUUUCUUCAGCUGUACCUUUUGAUAUUUAGAAUUUUUAAAUUUCUGUAAAGUAGAUUUUGUAGACUGUAAUGUGUUCACUGCCUUUGUGAAGCGGUAUAAUUGUAUAAUUUCGUGUGUAAACUGAAUGCUUGGGCUUUCAAUACAGUAUUCAUAUAAAGCAAUAAAUAUUAAUGUUAUGAAAUAUUCGAGUACAUUUUUAUCAAAAUACAGAAGAAUUCCUUUUUAGUUUCAGUCACCUGAGGUACAGAUGGACCUACAGUAGCUGAUGCAAACAGUUUCUCACAUUGUAUCGUAAGCUCUGGGGGAUUUGGAGGGAAACCACAAAGUUUGCAUUUGACUACUUAGACAUUACUAUGACUAAAAAAUAAGGAAUUUGGCUAUUUGUUCAUAGAGUAAUAUACUACUGACUGACGACCUUCAGGUUCACAGCAGCUAGAUAUAGUUAUGAAUCUGUCUAAUAAAAUUGAGUGUUGAUUUACUGCACCCAAGAGAGGUGAAAAUCAAAUGUAAUUUUUAAAAAUUUUGGCAAAAAUGUUAGAAAAUGAAGCGAAUUUUGAAUGUGACAUUCAUGUGUAGUGACCUGUUACUCUAUUUUGUUGAGGGAUUGCCAGUGAGGACAGAUUUUAACCAUUUUAGGUUUAGAAACUUUGAGAUUUUCCUUAGGGUAUUUAUGAGAUUGUUGUCAAUAAACCUGUUCUCUAAGCUCCUUUGA